UCAUCCAUAACGUCAGUUUCCCUCCUCCCCGAGCCCCCCCAGCGCUUCCUCUCGCCCCGGAAUGACCUUCCCGCUCACCAGGGGCCCCGACUCUUCUGGGCUGGUGGCGAACCCAGUCGACUCGGCCCUUUCCUCGCCCGGCAGGGCCCAGCACAGCCCGGCGGGAGGGGUCUGAGUUAAAGGAUGAAAAGUGACAAGGAGCCAUUUUUUGUUAAAUUUAUAAAGUCUUCUGGAAACUCUGAAUAUUUUUUUAAAGCUCUUGAGUCCAUAAAAGAAUUUCAGUCAGAAGAAUAUCUCCAGAUCCUUGAAGAAGUGCCAGCACUCAAUAUAAAAGAGAAUGACAAAUCACUUUACAUCUGUGACCCUUUUAGUGGCAUUGUUUUUAGUCACCUCAAAAAGCUUGGCUGUAGAAUCGUUGGACCACAGGUAGUCAUAUUUUGUAUGCAGCACCAGCGAUGUGUCCCGAGAGCUGAAUACCCUGUCCAUAAUAUGGCCAUGGCUGAUGUAACAAUAUCCUGUACUAGUCUUGAAAAAGAAACUAGGGAAGAAGUUCAUAAGUAUGUACAGAUGAUGGGUGGCCGCGUGUACAGAGAUCUCAAUGCAUCAGUAACUCAUCUUAUAGCUGGAGAAGUUGGCAGCAAGAAAUAUUUAGUGGCUGCUGCUCUGAAGAAACCCGUAUUGCUUCCCGCUUGGGUAGAAGCAUUGUGGGAGAAGUCGCAACAAGGUAUGGUUAGAUACACAGAUAUAAGCAUGGAAGACUUCAUAUGUCCUUUAUUUCGUGGCUGUACAAUCUGUGUAACUGGCUUAAGUAGUGUGGACAGGAAGGAGGUCCAGCGUCUCACUACUGAGCAUGGUGGUCAAUACACAGGGCAGCUCAAGAUGAAUGAGUGCACCCACCUCAUUGUUCAAGAGCCAAAAGGCCAGAAAUAUGAAUGUGCCAAAAAAUGGAAUGUGCAGUGUGUGUCCAUCCAGUGGUUUUUUGACAGUAUCGAGAACGGUUUCUGCCAGGAUGAGGCAGUGUAUAAGACAGAGUCUGUACAAAAGCAAAAUACCACACCCAGUACAUCAACUCCUACUAGCCAAGCCAGCAAACCUGACAGUCGUACCCUUUCAGAUGUCAGCCACAUUUCCAAUAUCAGUUUGAAUGGCAUUAAUGAAACUGCAUGUAGCUCUGCUAUGAACAGCAGGUUGGAUCCUCCUCCUGAUGAUCUGGAAAAUUUGGAUAUCAGUUCUUUUCAAGCUCCUGAUGAUUUACUAGAUGGGUGUCGAAUUUAUCUCUGUGGCUUCAGUGGCAGGAAGUUAGAUAAAAUGAGAAGGCUUAUUAACUGUGGUGGUGGUGUUCGAUUUAAUCAGCUCAAUGAAGAUGUCACCCAUGUUAUUGUGGGAGAAUAUAAUGAUGAACUGAAGCAGUUUUUGAACAAGACUGCUCACAGGCCUCAUGCAGUGACAGCAAAAUGGUUGCUGGAGUGCUUUGGUAAGGGUUACUUACUUCCAGUGGAGCAGUAUAUCCCUCUGAACUACCAGCCAAUAGAAAAUACAAUUUUGGAGCAACCUGGAAUUAAGCGAACUGUUCCCAAAAGUAAUAGUCUCACAAAAAAAGAAGCUGUGAAGCUUGUACAGCACCAGAAAGCAGAUGAAGAUGACCUCCUCUCUCAAUAUGUGAAUAAUGAUUCCACAUUAAUUGAAGUUGAAAAGCUAGAAACUGGUCACUUCAGUGAUGCUGCUCAUAUUACCAUUCAAGAAGAGAAGCAGUCCUCGAUCUGUCAUAGUUCACUGACACAGACUUCUGCAGUGGUUGAAGAAGGCUUAUUCGGCAGAAAGAGGUUCCUUCUUUUGGGUUUUGGUGAAGAGGAUGAGUCCUGCAUUGUAGAAGUUAUAAAGGAGAAUGCUGGGAAAGUUCUACCUCCUCAAAACAGAGCAAUUGCAGACUAUGCUGUGGUUCCUUUACUGGGAUGCAAGGUGGAGUCAACUGUAGGAGAUGUUGUUACAAACACAUGGCUGAUUAUGUGUGUAGAACAGCAGCUCCUUUUAAACCCUCAGUCCAACCCACUUUUCACCCCAGUAUCAGUAAUGGAAGGAAGCAGUCCUCUGGAAGACUGUGUGCUGUCUUUCAGCCAGUUUACUGGUGCAGAGAGAGACUCCCUGGUGUUCUUGGCAGGUCUUCUUGGAGCAAGGUAUGGAGUCUGUUGCCACUUAUGUUCAUUUUCUGGCAUCUAAAAUUUUUUCAAGUGUUUAGUCA